AUGGAAUACUUCCCGACUCUGGUAUCUGCUAAGGGCUCGACCCCACUUGCCACCGUGAAUGUUCCGUCGCAAUGGUUCAGCAGAAGCGUAGUGCUGGACUGGAGGCGGACGGAAACCGGUCCAAGAUUCUGCAACGUGAUUGAUGAUGGGGUGAGUGUGGAGGCCUACGCCGCACACACGCCAAGGGACCAGGACUUGGAGGACCAGAGGCCCACUAAAGAGCUGACACGGCCCAGAUUGAUUGACCUGGACUGGCUGGACCGAGCAGACCUCCGACCUGGGAGGAUUUCGAUCAUUACUGGAUCCGGUUGCGAGGACAUGCCCUGA